AUGUUACAAGACACUGACGGCAACUCUCAGACCACCCGUCUUUUGACACUACUCAAUGUUUCCGCCCUUAAAAGCAAGAAGCGAGUCGUUGAACCCGAGGAUGCGCCUGAAAGACGAAAGAAGCGCAGGGGUAUCAAGUUCUCUGACGCGGAGAGUGACUUGAAUACCGAUACGUCUCCGGAGGCCACUGCGGAUACUACCAUCGCCCCCCAAAAUGCUGUAGAAGAUAUAGUGAUGGCCGUUGAACCUGACGAAGCUCCUGAGGACGAAGAUCAGCAGGAUUCAUCAAAUCCAUAUGAGCGUUACUUUGGUGCCAAUCCAGCAGCUUUGACAGAUGCUUCCAAACUUGCUGCGGAUCAACGUGAAUGGCACACAGUACGGCAACGUAUAGGAUCACUUUAUGCUUCCGUAUGUUCACCUAGGGAAGGCGGACCUAUCACCCGGGAACACAAGGGAACAAUCUCUGACAGGCUCAUGAAGACCUUUGAGACCAGACAAGAAAGGCAAACCUCAGCUAAAACCCAAGUACAGAAUGACCUCCUCAGCAUUCUGACUUCACACCAUGAUCUUCACUACCCAUGCGUUCCUAUCAGCGAAAAUGUUAUUGCUAGGGAAGCUAUCAUGUUGCACGCGUUGGAUCAUGUCACGAGGAAACGACGGCGUAUCAUUCGUAACAAUGAACGUAUUGCACACGCCAAAGCAGCUUCAAUUUCACCUCCUGAAGAUGUCCAGGACCAAGGCUUCACUCGUCCUUCAGCACUUGUCCUCCUGCCUUUCCGAUCAUCCGCCAUGAACUGGUUCAACGCCCUCAAAAGCCACACGAUGUCACCCUCUUUCCAAGUUGAAAAUCAAUCUCGCUUCAUGUCAGAAUACGGCCUUCCACCAGGAGCCGUUGACAAGCUGGAGUCCGCGGGACCUGGCGCUUACCCUGAAGAUCACGUCGAAACCUUCAAAGGCAAUGUGGAUGACAACUUCAGACUAGGCAUCAAGCUAACUCGAAAGAGCGUCAAGCUAUUUGCGGACUUUUACGGAUGUGAUAUUAUAUUUGCCAGUCCACUCGGUCUCCGUAUGUCAAUUGAGAAGGAGAAGAGUGCCGAUUUCUUGUCUUCUAUCGAGGUCUUGGUCAUUGACCAAAUGAAUGCGUUAGCUAUGCAGAACUGGGACCACGUCCAGUUUGUAAUGUCUAACAUCAACAAGCUCCCCAAAGACUCGCACGACGCGGACUUCUCUCGCAUCAAGCCAUGGUAUCUUGACCAAAACUCUAUAUACCUCAGACAAACUGUGAUGUUGUCAGCCUUUGAGACACCUGAGAUGCGGCAGUUAUUUAAUACGUCGCUGAAGAACGUGACUGGCAAGGUUAGAGUCGAGAAGACAUGGCCCGCUGUCCAGGUUCCAGCGUCAGUAGACAAGCUGUUUGUAUCGUUUGACUGUUCCAGCCCCAGGGAAGAACCAGACAAGCGCUUCAACUACUUCACGACGCAACUUUUACCCAAAAUCCUGAAAUCAGCAGUGCAAAGCACGAACACUGUGCUGUUCAUCCCCUCAUCUUUUGACUUCAUCCGGGUUCACAACUAUUUCCGAAAGAACUCUCCUGUAUCCUUCGCCGUACUCUCCGAAUACUCGAGCAAUCAGGACAUAUCGAGAGCAAGGCAAGGGUUCUUCAGCGGCAAGAAGUCUUUCCUCCUGAUAAGCGAACGCUUCCACUUUUACCGAAGGUACAAGAUUCGCGGCAUCCGCAACAUCAUAUUUUAUGCACCUCCCGACAAUGCCCAGUUCUUCUCUGAGCUCCUCUCAUACCCGUUCCUUGACGACGGAGUGGAUGCGUCCGACGUAAGUUGUCGAAUGCUGUAUUGCCAAUACGACCGGCUCCGCAUGGAGCGUAUCUUAGGCUCCAAGGGAGUCAAGUCGCUCAUUUGA